AUGGCGACGACGUCGUCGUCCCGUUCGCCGCUGCUCGCGUUUCUCGUCGUCGCUGUACUCUUUUCCGCAUCCGCGUCUAGCGCGUACGCGCAGUACUCGGGGAAGUUCGCCGUACGCGCUAUAGAGAACGCGCUGAGGAAGAAGCGGCUGACGACGGCCAUCACGUACUUAAGAAAAAGCGGUUUCAACAAUACUCUUGCGGAGAAGCUGCCCAAGAACAAGUAUACGCUUCUGGUGCCAAUCAACAGCGGGUGGAACAAAAUGAGCGCCUGGGCGCGCGGGCAGAUCCGAAGCAACAACACGCGGCUCUGGCAAAUAUUCGCUUACCAUUUUGUCGCGGAGCGGUACACCAAAGUGCAGCUUGCGUGGUAUCCGCCUGGAACACAGUUGCCAACAGGGAUGAAAAAACAGUUCAUCCGCCGCCUGCCCACUAAGGACCCCCAGUAUGCCAAGCCGGGCCAGCAUCGGGGAACAUAUGUCGAAAUUGGGGAAAUUUUCCAAGAUGGCCGUGUGAUUGUACAUGGGGUCAACAAUGUGCUUGUCCCUGAUUUCAAGUGA